CUGACCGACGGCCAUCAAAUCAGCCUGGACGAAUCAGCUGUGCGUGACAGGGGAAGCGGGAGCGGACGCGGAGGCAGAUCAUAACUAAUUACUUACCUACACUACUACACUACUACACGAGAAUAGGGGACGGCAACGUCUCAUCUUGCAUUUGGCCCUGUUCUAGGUUUCCCUCUAUACCCUUUUUUAUUUUUUAUUUUUUAAUACCUUUCGCUCUCGUUACUUUGGGCUACUGGCGUUAUCUCGCAUUUGCAAUUAUCAGAUUGCGCUCUUUGCGCUUUGUUUGCCUUUGCCUGCGCCGCCCUGCUAGGUAUUCCUUUGUCGUCCUACCGGCGCUUGGGGGCUCCCGAAAUAGAUAGACAGCCGUACAGACAGACAGACACGGAGAGACAGAUACACACACACACUCACUCACUCACUCACUCACACAGUCGGGCUGAACACGUUGAAACAUACUAGCGAUGCCAUCCUUCGGCCGAAUCGGCAAACACAGCAAUAGAUCUCAGCACAAUCUGCUUGAGCAACAACAACAGCAGCAGGCUGCUUUACAGCAUCAGCUUCACUUGCAACAACAGCAACAGCAACAACAGCAGCACCAGCACCAGCAAAAGUCACCCACGGUUGUGGGCAGUGGAGGUGGUCCAGCACUGCCACUCUCCUCCCAACCUGCAGCUUCUUCACCAUCCCAAUCAACUCCCGGCCCGCGAAAAGUCUCAACUGUUGGCAUUGGCCCUGAUUCUUCUAGCAAUCCCCCUUCAGCCUCGCCUGGACCGCCACCGUCGUCGCUUGGCUCCACCGACUCUUUCCAUCGUCAGCUCCAACAACAACAGCAGCAGCAACGACCUUCAACACCGUCGCAGCAACAGCAGCUGCAACCUCAGCGGCAACAGUCGCAACAGCCCGAUAACAGGACUACCACUACCACCACUGGUCUUCCACCACCCACUUCACAACACCAGCACCAACACCAGCAUUCACCACUCCCGCACCAACCACAACAGCCCCAGUCACAAAUAACAACAACAGCAACAAUAAUAACAACAACGCCGCAGCAUCAACAACAACAACAUCAAUCGCACUUCUCAUUAGCCAGUCUCGCCGGCAGCCAACCUCGCGAGGUCCUGCGCAAGGCCAAUCCUAACCUGCCGCCCCCACCCGGCCAGGGGCCAAACGCGAUACCCCUCAAUCAGCCCAACCUCAGUCCCAGCCCCAAUCCUGCCGCUGCUGCGUACGGCAUAAGACCACAGCAACAGCAGCAGCAGCAACAACAACAACCCCACGAUAACUUCGCCGAGCUCGUCUCACGCUCUCAAUCGGCGCGGUACUCGCAGCACAUCACUCCACUGCAGACUCAGGCCAUCUUCGGCAUCGCCUCAAGCUCCGCCGACGACCUGUCCCAGACUACCCCCGGCGGCUCGCCCGUCAUUCAUCAAGGCCCGCCGUCGCUUCCCCAGAGUCAGACCGCACCCAGCGAGUCAAAGCGCUCGGCCCGCAAGCUGAUUAGACAUCUGAUCUCCGGCUCCUCAAGUCGGCCCCCUGCCGAUAACCACGCCCACGAGCCGUCUCACGAUAACGCUGCCCCGGGUAUUGUUCGCAGGCCAUCGAAGCGGUCAAGUAACAACCCUAAAGGAAAUUCCUUGUUGGCGCGGUCGAUAGAUCACCCGGACUGGGUUCCACCGCCGAGAUCAACUUCGAGACCGCCGCCGCCGCCGCCGCAGCAACCCCAGUCUCAGGUCCAUCUCCCGCCACAGCAACCGCAACUCGCUCAGCAGUCGCCAAUUCUGGGCAUUGGCGAGUUUGACAGCCCUUACUCAAUAGGUCGGUCUAAUCAGGAUCUCUUAGCACAGGUUUCCCAAGAAGCACUACCAAAUACAGCUACCAUUCGACCUGUGCCUGCUGAGAGUUCACCUUACGACCAAGAAGACCUUGCCUUUCACCAGCAACAGGCGAUUGCGCAGCAUCAGGCUCAGCUGCUUCAGCGACUUAGUCAAACUCAGCCUCAACAACCAGACCAGCCGCAGCAAUUGGCCGGGCAGGUUGUAGUUGACCCUGCGCAAAAUUCGCACCCCCAAACACAACCACAAGAAAAACGUCAGGCUGGCAGCAAUCCUUCGUCGAUUUACGUUAGCCAUCUCUCCACUGAGAUAUCACAACCACCCAAUCCGGAAACCGUUUCUCAGUUGUCGCAUGAAUCACCGACUACUGACUCGGAACAACCACCAGAUAACUACCAUUCAGCACAGGAAUCCCCUGCUAUAAGUCAAGCACCGCACGAACCUCAAAUUCCUUCAGCGCAGCAACAACAGCAGCAGCAAGCGCAAUCACAGCAAGAAUCACAAGUAGCAAUAUCUCAAGGUAUGCCUCCGCCACCUCCACAGACCGGAGCACCUGGCCAAGGCCGUAAAUCGGCAGACAGUGAUAAAAUACGAUCCGUCGAACCACCUCCUGGUCCUCCUCCCUCAUAUCGACACAGUCAAGGCCCACUAAACGCUAUGAGCAAUCUUCCACCCACUCCUGGCCCUGGCAAUGCCGCACCUCCUAACUUCCGGCCCGGCGGCACCGGAGAACGACAGCAGUAUGAAGGGUCUACUACCGAGGACCGUAACCGUACAAACAGCCCACAGCCAUCAGAGGGUGUAGAUCAUGAGAGACACCUCAAGGAGCUAGUAUUGAAGUAUAAGAACGUCAAAAGACUCUAUUUCGAUGGUAAAGCGCAGAUUGAGCAAAUGGGCUCCCAGAUAGAACAGUUACAGAAUGCCGUCGCCAAACAACGUAUGUCACAAUCCCGGACCGCACUUGAUGAUAAUGAGUACUCGACACGGUUCAAUCGACUCAAUGGGGCUAUCAAGGAUUUGGCAUUCAGCAUACGCAAAGACUGGAGUACCCUACCGGGCUGGAUCGAACGGUAUGUGACGCCAGAUGCCGUGAAGACGGGCAAGCAAGAGAUGACUGCUGUUGGGAGAGCCAUUAUUUCACGAUGGGUUAUGGAGGAGAUUUUUAAUAAGUGUUUUCAUCCCGGGCUUGAUGUCGACCUCAGUCGCCACUUGAAGCAGAUUGAGCAAAACAUACGCAAGAACUCAUACACGAUGAAUAGCCAGGAAGAGUACAACGCCUUAACGGCCAAGGUAAUAAAUUGGCGGAUGUCCACGUUGGAGGGUCUUCAACAUAUGCUCAACUCCUCUGAAAGUGGAGAUUAUCGAACGGAUUUUACCAAGAUGACGACAACCAAUCUCACCGCGAUGCUAUACCGAUACCUUGUCGACCCCCCACCCGCUGGCGUGGAUGGCGGAGCGUCUAUGAUUGUGGAGCUGGCGGUGGGCAUAGCUGCCAACCUACCGCUUGAAAGUCGCGACGUAGCCUUGACAUACCCCAUGCCAGGGGAUGUGGUGCAGCCCGAGAUCAUGGAGCCAGCGGAAUCGGAGAAGACCCCUCUACCACCGUUGCCGGACCUAGUGGAUGAGCCAGAGGACAAUGCCAAGGAUGCCGACAAGGCGGCGAAGCGUGAAAAAACAAAAAGUGGUAUGUUGACAAUGCUUGGCGGAGUGCCACACCCGGCGUCCAGCAGAAAAGGUAGCACAGCCUCGAUUCUCACUGACACGACACCACCGGCAGCAGCAUCACCACCAAAAGACGCCCCGAGAGUUCGUUUUGCCGGCUUUGUUGGAGUGGAAGUACGGGGUCGCCAGGUCUUAUCGAAAGCCCCAGUUUGGACGGUGACGUAGAAGUGGCUAAUCGUCUUGUCUUAUUUCAUGAAGAUGGCGUGAAUUGCCUUGAAACUUCUCACCGAUUCGUUGGUGUAUCUACGGCAGGGUUUUUAUCUUGGUUUAAAGA